AUGGGCCCCUGUACCGCCUCCUCAUGCUGCUGCCAGGCCCGUAAUCUGCCAUGCGCCCCCGUACCGACUCCUCAUGCUGCUGCCAGGCCCGUAAUCUGUCAUGGGCCCCUGUACCGCCUCCUCAUGCUGCUGCCAGGUCCAGAGUGUCUCAUGGGUCCCUGUACGGCCUCCCAUUGCUGCUGUCUCCAUCGCCACACUCUGCCAUGUGCCACUUUCAGGUCUCCUCACACUGCUGGUGGGUUCCAUUUUGUCAUAGGGUGCUGUAUGGCCUCCCAUUGCUGCUGCCUCCACCGCCACACUGUGGCUCCACACUCUGGUUUUGGCCCCGUGACUGCCCAAAUGAGUGAAGUGUGCGGUGAUUCUAAGAUCGACGGCACUCAUCUGCAUGUCAUACUGGCUGACAGUAUUAUUUCUCUUCCCCAGCAGACUCCAAGGGCAUUUAAAUUAAAGGUACAGUGUUCUGCACUAAUAUAA